AUGGCAUCCUCCGUCAACGACCCCGAUCGCUAUGUCCCAAAUCGCGGGCCCGCCGUCUUUGCCGUGACGACGGCGACUCUCAUCCUCGCCUCCGUUUUCGUCGGCGCCCGCUUCAUCUGCCGCUGCUUCAUAGUGCGCAGGAUCACCUGGGACGACAGGAUCAUGCUUCUCGCAUGGCUCAUCGCCUUCUUCCUCUCCUUCACCAUCCUCCUCGGCGUUGUCAACGGCCUCGGGAAAUAUGACCAAGACAUCCCCGACGAUGACUGGGUCACCCUGCGCCGUUGCGAGUACAUCUUCUCCAUCCUCUACAACCCCGCCCUCAUGGCGACCAAGACGAGCAUCUUGAUCUUCUACCUGCGCCUGGCCAAGAACACCCAGUUGGUCCUGCGCUACGCCUCGUGGGCCACCCUCGUCGUCGUCAACGUCGCCGGCCUCGUCCUCACCUUCAUGAACAUUUUCCAAUGCAACCCCAUCCAAGCAGCCUGGGCCGCCUACCACUACGAAACGCCAUCCUGCAUCCCGCUCCUCACCGAGUUCAUCUGCUCCUCGCCCGUCAACGUCGUCACCGAUCUCGCCAUCCUCGCGUUGCCGAUACCCGUCCUCACCGGCAUGCGUCUCCCCUUGCGCCAGAAGACCAUCCUCAUCCUCACCUUCACGCUCGGCAUCUUCGUCACCAUAGUCGACGUCGUACGCAUCUACUACCUCCAGAGCGCCAUCACCGACGUGCCCACCGGCGGCACCUCGACCAAUCCCAACGCCACCUUCGGCGGCCAGGCCGACUUUGCCUGGAAUGCCUCCAUCUCGCUCAUGUGGAGCGCCGUCGAGGUCAACGUCGGCAUGACCUGUGCCUGCGUUCCCACCCUCAAGCCCCUCAUCCUCAAGCUCAUGCCCGCGAUGCUGUUCGACCAGCACGGCCCCAAACCCGCUGACGAGUCCGAGACUCAUUCGUCGCAGCAGCAGCAGCAGCAGCAUCGAGACGCGCCGGCGACGGCGCUUCCCGCCGUCGCCUGCCCUCAGCAGGCCCACCUGGCCAACGACCCCGAGCCCCCCUUGAGCUUCGGUGAGUUUUUGGCCAUGCCGGGCACUGUCUCGCCCGGCACAAACGUCAGCGAGGACAACAACGAGAGUGCCGUCAGCAACAACAGCAACGACAGCAACGACAGCCACGAGAACGACAACAACGAUGACGAUGACGACGACUAUGACUGGCUGCCAGAGGAUCCCGAUCCCAUAACGCAGACGCGCACGAACAGGACCCAUUCUACCGCCUGCACGGUCGAGAGCGGCGUCUACUUCGGCUUCGUCAACAUGACGAAGCCCAAGAGCAUGCUCAGGGCCAACGCGUCCGAGUCGUUCAAGUACUGCACCAUCGUCUCCAUCCUCUUCCUGCUCUGGGGCAUGUCGUACGGCCUGCUCAACAUGCUCAACAACGCCGUCGCCUUCGUCAACAACAUGAGCCCCGCCCAGGCCCUCGGCUUGACGACCGCCUACUUUGGUGGCGGCUACUUUUUCGGGCCCUUGCUCGUCGGCGAAUGGAUCCUGCGUCGGGACGAGCACAACCGCACCAAGCGGCACGAGAAGAACGAGGCCGAGCACGUCGGCGGCUUCAAGGUCACCUUCAUCGUCGGCCUUUGCAUAUACGGCAUAGGCACCAUCAUCUUCUGGCCCUCGGCCGUCACCAACUCGUACGGGGGCUUCAUGCUCAGCAACUUCGUCGUCGGAUUCGGCCUUUCCGUCCUCGAAGUGGGCGCCAACGCCUUCAUGGUCCUCUGCGGACCCCCCGCCUUCGGCGAGACGCGCCUCCUGCUGGCCCAGGGAAUACAGGGCAUCGGGAGCGUCGUCAGCGGUCUGCUGGCGCAAAAGGUCUUCUUCAAGGGAAUCGCCGACUCCAUCACGGACGGCGACACGGCCGACAGCAUGACCCUCAUCAACGUUCAGUGGGCCUACCUCGGCAUCACCUUGCUCUGCGUCGCCCUCGCCCUCUUCUUCUUUUACAUGCCGCUGCCGGAGGUGAGCGAUUCGGAGCUCGACGCCUUGGCGAAACGGCUUCCGAUCGAGCCCAAGAAGAGGAGCAUCGGCGGUCUGCAGCUGCGAACCGUGAGCUUGAUACUGGCCGUCUUCUCCCAGUACAUCUACGUGGCCUCGCAGGAGAGCAACGGCAUCUACUUUGGCCCUCUACUCGUCUCCAUCACCCGCUCCGACGACGGAAGCGGCCACGACGGCCUCGGCGGCUCAGACUCGCUCGAGCUGGACAGGCCGCCCGGGAUAGCGAUCGCCAUAUCGGACUACAUGCUCGUCGGCCAUACGGCCCUGACCCUCUCGCGAUUUCUCGUCGGCUACCUUACCUAUCUCUCGGUGCGUUAUCCGCAUCGGCUUCCGCAGCCGCGAACCUACCUCACCAUCAGCGUCGGCCUGUGCCUUGUCAUCUCCAUCGUUCCCGUCGUCCUGCACACGACGGACCCGAACAUCAUGGUGAUCCCGCUGUUGCUCUUCUUCUUCGCCGAAGGCCCCAUCUGGCCUUUGAUCUUCGCCAUCGGCCUGCGAGGCCAAGGCCUUAGGACGAAGAGGGCGGCCGCCUUCAUCACCAUGGGUGGCGCCGGCGCCGGCUUCUUUCCCUUCAUCAUGUACGGCAUCAUCAAGAAUGGCGGCAGCGUGCAGAUGGCCUUCAUCUUGAUCAUCGCCUUGCAAGCCGCCAUGGCCGUCUACCCCCUGUUUCUCGAGUUGUCGGGAGACGCCAGGCGGCUCGUCGACCCCUGCCGCAACGUGCGUGUCCCAAGGAGGCUCGAGGAGAGGCCGGUGGACGAGCAGGUGGCCGAGUGGCGCCGACGCAACGAAGCGCGGGAAAAGAGGAGUCUGCGGCACAAAGUAACGAGGAGCCUGGGCGCUCGAUUCAGCGGGAUGCGAAAGCCAUCAAUACCGCAGGGUGAAUCGGAACAUUUCGAGAGCGUGUCGAGCUCUCCAUGA